AUUAUCAUCACAUCUCACAAAAGCUCAGCACACAUCUGGUUCUCAUUGGUCUGAAGAUGAUUUCGAGUUGUUUACUCCUGAUGUUAGUGGUCAGUGUUACGGCACAGAACGGUAAGUGAGAUGUGGUGGUUUGAUGUGUGAAGCACUAUCAUGUUGGACUUGAUUCAUCGGGAGGGUUUUCUUCAGGUCUGUCAGUAGACUGUAGCAGUGAUGCUGUGGCCGUGAGUUGGAGACCCAGACUGGAUCUAUCAGAGAAACUGGAUCUGUCCAGAGCUCUGCUGGGAAACUGUCCUCCCAGUUUUCUAGGUUCAGAUGAAACCUUGCGCUUUUAUGUCUCGCUGCGGGAUUGUGGAUUUCACAAACAGGUGAGUUAUUAGUCAUGUGAUGAACUUUGUUCUUUUUGGUUAGAGACCGUAUAAAUAAAAUGCUGCGUGUGUGUGUGCGUGUGUGUAAGGUUUCUGUAAAGAAAGUGAUGUAUUCCAGUGUGCUGGUCUAUGACCGAGGACCUGGACUCUCCUUCAUCUCACAACCCCUCCGAUGUGUUUAUGAUCUACCUCCAGAGCCAGACAAGAUGACUGCGUUCAGCCCUGAAGAUGAGGAGCUGGAUGCAGCAGCAGAUGAGAUGACCUUCAGCAUGGAGCUCAUGAACAGUGAUUUUAGUGGUCCUGCACCAUCUUUGACCUUUAAACUGGGCUCCAGUAUUCCCAUCAGAGCAGAAGUUGACAAUCCUGGAUCUCUGCUGAUGUUUCUGGAGAAGUGUGUGGCCUCCACAGACUCCGACAUCAGCCGUAUUAGUCCGGUGCAUCCCAUCAUUUCUAAUUCUGGAUGUCUGAUGGAAAAUUCCACAUUCCUGCCGAGACUGGUGCCCGCUGAGAUCCGGCUUUAUCUCCAGGCCUUCAAGUUUGCUCUUGGAGAGAAAAUUUUCCUUCAUUGUGACUUGAUGGCGAGGGACAUCAACAGCAUGAUGGUCAAUGGGAAAGCGUGUCACUUUGUGAAGGAGAGCAGCAGAUGGGAACUGCUUGAUGAUCCAUCUCAGAGUUCUGUGUGUUCAUGCUGUGAUUCGACCUGCCCGUGGAGGCCAGACUUCAGGAACUGUACGAUCGCUGGAGCUCAUGCACCUCAUCUGGACUGUCAAACCCCUUAACAGUCUGAUUUUUCUCCUCAAGGUGUUUCCGCACGCAAGGUUCUCGGGCCCUUAAUAAUUGUGGAGGAUACACCUAACAGAUCUCUGGACACUCUGGUAUCUGAAGAAGGUUUGAGUGCAUCUCCGGUGUGGUUGUUGGUGACGUUGGUCACAUCGCUGCUGCUCACUGUAACUGUUGUGUUGGCCAUGAGUUACUAUAUGUGUGUCUGGAGAGGUGGACGCAUGGGCUACAGACCCAGAAGAGAUCUGCUGACCAAGCACUGAUCCUCAAUUCGCUUUCAAUAAAGAUUGUGUAAAAAAAAAAUGCACGUAAA